AGUCCCAAAACAGCCCAAGAUAGCAAAAAUAGCGGCGAAAAGCGCCCAGACCGAGCGAGAGUGAUCGAAGGAAGUGGGUUGGGCUUGAGAGACAGAGUGGCCUUGUGGACCGUAAUAGCAAGUUUUAAGCUCGCUAUUUCCCCCCAAUGGAUGUUGUGGCGAGCUGACUAGGCACACUGACACUCUGUUGCCUCCUCUGUUGACUCGCGGCGGUGCAUCUGUGUCUGUAUUAUCACUGUGUGAUGUAGGCUGAAGGUGGUGGGCUGGCGGCGGUGGUGGAGGCCAAGGAUGGUGGCACCAAUCUACUCCUGGAUGUGGGGGAGGCUGGUACUCCUUCUCCCCGUCAUAUUAUGUACAACACUAACCGAAGGGUGUAUCAUACCAAAGGAGUUCCCUCAUUCUAUUAGUGCUGAUAUGAACGAAUCGGGCAGCCAGAUGUGUUACACAUGCUACCAGGCUCCGACAGCAGAUGGGUUUAAAGUGAACCUUAACAAACUUAGGCUAAAUGGCAUAGGCUCGGUAAUGGUUUAUUUAGACAGCAAGCAAAAGCUCAUUGAAGAAGAUUGUGGAGGUUGUGAUACCUUUGGCAAUCUUGAAGGCACAAAUGAGGGAGAGGCCGGUGAAACCGAAUGCCACGAAUGUGUUACCUUGCCUAGUGGAUCCAUGUUUGAAUUGUACGUGAGGCUUAGUCCCCAGUACCAGGGAUUGACCGAGGGGGAGAGUGUGUGCCAAAAUAUUCCAAACCUUAACAUUAGUCUUACCAUUGACAGCAAGCUGCCAGACCUGGAAGCCCCCUCUGACUGUGAGGAUGGGUUUUGGGUCAGCUUCCCACUCUCUGGGGAUACCUGUGCUGUAGGUUCCACAUCUCUGGACAGAGAGACCCUCUGCAUUGUUGCAAGUUGCACUGACAGCAUCUUGUCCCCAGACACAUCAAAUGAGAAAAUAGAACACAAAUUCCAACCAGAAUCUCCAACAGAGACCUGUAUAUGGGAGCUCAAUACAGAGCAGCGCAAGCACAUGACCCUAAGAUUCUCGCAGAACGUUCGGCCCCACAUCACAGUUUACGAAGAUUCGCUGCUCAACCCUAAGUGGGACGUGGAAUGGUGUCCUACCUUUGGGAACGAGUACAGUCUGCAAACUGAAGCAGACACUGUAUUCAUAGUCUACCACAACACACAGAAGCUUACCAAGAAGGGAUCACUGUCCAUUACAACACAGGUAGAUCUGUGCCUCCUCCCACCAGCAGUGAAAAAUGGAAGUGUAAAUUUUAAACGUCAGGAGUCUGGCACCGUUGCCUUAUACUCCUGCGAUAAAGGAUUUAGCUUGCUGGGACCGUCAGAGAUCCGGUGCAAGAAUCGCUCAUGGGAAGAACCACCUGUGUGCAUUUCCCAUCAUAAGGAUAAACUGAUGUCUGAUGCCCCAAUGGGAUCAAUAGAAAUUUCGGACAGUGUGAAUGGCAGUAGUUUGACCUCAGAGAAUGGCACAUUCCUGAUAUCUGCUCCCGACAGUGAACCACACGGAAAGAUGCCUGGAGUAAUGUUCCCUGAACAAGACCUCAAGAAUGACGAAGAAGAGAAGGAAACUGAUACCAAAGAUCUUUAUGAAGACUACGACACAGAUGUGCAUCAUGAGAUGUUGACCAACCAUUCUCUGGGGGAGGUGGAUGAAUACGAGACAGAAAUAAGUAACUUGCUACCGAUUGUAAACUCAACAGAAGCUCAAGAAGAAGAAAACCAGCUCGGCAUUUUUACAGGCUUACUUGACAUCUCUCUAGAAGAUGACUUAACCAUGUAUAUCAUCAUUGGAGCAGCAGGCCUUCUUCUCUUCAUUAUCAUUGUCAUCACAUCCAUCGUCGUGUACCGCAAAAGAUACCCUGUUCGACUUGGGUUAGGGCGCAAAUUCGACACUUUCCAGAACCCCAUAUACGAGAAAACAGUAGUGAGGAUGCCCAUGCAGGUAGAAGAAACAGAGGUAGGGAGGAAGAAGAGCGAUGCAGAAGAAAUGAGUGAUUGCACAGUGUUAGAAUGAGGUGUACUUGUAUUCCAUGUGAAAUAGCCGGAUAAGUUUGUGCUUUUAAAGUUGAACGGUAUAAUGUGAUUGAUAGUCUAGUCUGGAUGAAGCGUUUGUUUUUUUAUCAUUUUAUAGUAUUUUCAAAUUGAAAGUAUUGCAGUAUUUGCUUUGGAAAGUGAAAAUACAGGUAUGGCUUAAAAAGCAUCGAGAGAAAUGAAUUUUAUUGAAGGAAAGGUGAUUCUGCUGUAUUAGCUAGUAUUAAGACAUUCCCUCUUGGCCUGCAAGAAAAAAAAAGAAAAAGAGUGCAGGAAAGUGUCUUAUGGGUCCAAUUUAAGUGAUACAUGCAAUUCUUGUCAUGUCGUUGGCGAUCUCAUGCUCCAGGAUUUUUCUAAUGAUAAUCAAUGAUAUAUUUAGAAUUAUAAUCCGCUUUGUAGUGAAUGGAAAAAAUACCGCACUUAAUAAAGAUAAUCAAAUAGUACACAUUGACAAGAAUUGCAUAUGGGCAUUUUAUAUUAUGUGCAACAUGAAAGUGUAUUAUUAAUUUUUAGGAACAUUUUAUUUUUUGAUACCUGGAUUGACCCAAAUCUGUUUUGUUACGAUUCUUGUGUCCCAAGAUAAUAAUCCUCGUCAGGGAGAUAUUGACGUCAGAAUUAGUCUGAUAAUGUAUGCAUGGUAACAUUUGUGUACAGGUAUGGAUGAUUUACAGUAUCUGCUCCUUUUAGCUGUUAUUAUCACUGUUCAAUUGGAAGUGAUAUUGGGAAAAGGGAUAUGGAGUAAUCCAGAUGUAUUCGGACAAAGAGACAUUUGAAGUUAUUAUUUUUAAACUCCUGAUAGCAUUGCUGAUUUUCUUCCAUUGGAUGACAGCCCAUGGAGUAAGGAAGUUUGCAUUAUUUCAGGAAUUAGUUAUUACUUUAGGUACAUCAACUACAGAUUUUACCACCAGUUUUGUAGGCGUGAGUUCUAAGAAUAGACCUAAGAAUAGACAGAUUACUGAUCUACACACAGUGCAUAACCUGUGUUUAAUAAAAGUAUCGUAAGUCCUGUUCUGGUAUCCUGGCACAGGUUGCAGCUAAAUACUAUAAGUCGGUAUUUAUUUAAUCUCAACACUAUGUAUUGCUUACAUAUCUCUACAUUGUGCUAAAGUUUGAAGGUCCAGAUGUAGGUUGGGCUGUUGUCUUUACUCACCCUUUGAUCACCGGUGCUCGACUAGAGUAAGGUUUUUCAUUUGAAAUCUCAGUUAGUUUUAGGAACCUAUCUAUUUUUUUAUAUGAUGUUGCAUGGUGCUUUAAGUUUAUUAAACUCUGUUUUAUUUCAGAGCUGUAGAUGGCUGAGAACAA